AUGUUUUCAGGGUGCUGUGAGGACUCGGUGACUGUGAGGGAGCCCCCCGCACCCCCCGCGCCCCCCGCCAACAGGAUCAUCGGGGGACAACCCACCACCGUCAAGUCAUACCCUUACAUGGCGUAUUUAAGUUCAUUUUUUACGAUGCGUGGCCAGAAACCGCUGCUGUUAAACUGUGGGGGCGUGAUACUCACACAGCACCACGUGCUCACCGCUGCGCACUGCUUAAAUAAAGAAAUCAAUGACACUACAGCUGCUACUGGCACUACCAUCUUGAGGGCAUCUAAAGUUGUCAUUCGCGUCGGAUCUACCUACAAUGACCGCGGAGGCUCAGAGCAUGUGACGUCCAAGAUCGUGGUUCACGAGAGCUAUACCUUCCCUUUUAACGACGUGGCAGUGUUGGUGCUGUCGGACAGUAUAAGCAACUACCGGAGCAGCUCGGUGCAGCCAGCUGCCAUCCCCCCGGGGGGGUAUGUGGUCCCGGACAACGCGUCUGUGGUAGCUGUCGGUUGGGGACGAACUGAUGUGAGUAUCAAACACUUCACCUUGUGGAUUUUAUCGGCAUUUAUAUGUAGCUAAGUAAUGACCUAAUUUCUUAUUUGAUAAU